GGCCAGCAGCCCUUCAUCCAAGGUGCUUGUCCGUCCCUAAGGCUCCAGCGACCCAUGUGGAUCUCACUGACCUGGCCAUUUUUGUAUCGCAGGCUUCAUGUCGAUCCUCUACAUGUUCACCCACCUGGCGCUUAACGAAACAGUAAGCGACUAUCUCAUCGCCAGUGGGCCCUUCGUAGUAGACAGCACUGUAUCCUCGAAGGAGCGAGCCGACCGCGUCUCUGCUGUCGAGGCCAUCAGCUCCUUCACCCUCGGCACCCGCCGCAAAGUGUACGCGCUGUUCCACGAAGGCAGCAAGGACCCAACCUUCAUCGCCCACCAGGUCAACGUCAUCGCUGGUCUGACCGACGCGGCGGGACAGUGGAACUACGACCUGACUGUGACCCCCACCGGCACUUCGUUUAACAACGCGACCACGUACGCCGCUCUGGAAACGAUCUUCACGUCGUGUGCCGCAACGCCCAGUACGUGCCCGGCCGCCCUCAUUACAAGCUACUUGGACCAGCAAUUCGUUGAUCGAGCUGCCACGCUAGCCGCUGGCGCGGUGAACCCCAUCCCGUACUUUGUGAUCGGCAGCUCGGGGGCCACUGACGCUAACGCUAACGCCCAUGUCGCGCAAUACAUUGGAGUUGACGAUGGGCAAGUCGGUAUGCAAGCUGCGCAGAUGAUGAUCGAAGCUGGAGCCACCAAACCGCUUUGCGUCGGUCCUAGCGCAGCUGGUCCUUCGUACGCGCGCAGGUGUGCCGGUUUCGUCUCAACUUACAGCUCGGUGAAGGGUGUUACCGCGGCCGAGUUGUACACCCCCACCUCGCUCGAGAACGCGCAGGCUCUCCUAAAGUCAAAGAUGCAAGGCACGGUAUACGACGGAAUCCUCUGUACGAUGCCCGAGCUGUGUACCUCCCUUUUUGCUAUGCUUGACACGACACCCACCAUCGCUCGUCCAAAGUAUGUCUACAGCAUCGGCAUGAGCGUGAGCGUCAUGGAGGCCAUCACGCAAGGCAAGAUGCUGGGCGCGGUUGACACCACUCCCUACACGAACGGGUACAUCGCCAUGUACCAUGUCGGUUCCCUUCUCGAGGGAUCUACCAUCCCGUCGACGCAGGUCGUGCACAUCGGCCAGAAGAACCGAACGUGGGCGUGCCCGCCAGGCUAUGCGUUCAACGCCGAUGGUAACAUGUACACCCGCAUGCCAUCCGGGAUGAUGAGCGCUGGGAGCGUUUGCCAGCCUUGCCCUGCAAACUCCCAUGCUCCCGCUGCCAGCACGGCAAUCUGCUCUGCGUGUCCUCUCGGCACGUAUGCCGACAGGACCGGUGCAAUUCGAUGCGCUAGUUGCGACGAUGGGAUUGGGAUCACCGUCGGCUACUGCGCGAAUUACUUCAAAGGGACCGAGGUGACUCCGUCGUCACGUUCGGCGGUCAGAGCACUUGGUGGUAUUGGGCUCGCUGUUGUCGGCUUACUCGGCGCCGGUCUGGUUGUGGCCCAAGGCGAGCCUAUCAUCCGCAAGGCUAGUCCGGCUCUGUCCAGCGGAGUCCUGGUUGGCAGCAUGUUCGUCGUUGCAUCUACGCUCCUUCAGCAGUUUGAUCUCAGCACUGGCAAGUGCACGUCUUCCAUGUGGUUGCUUGCCACGGGGUUUGGGCUCUCCGUCGGAUGUGUGUUUGUCAAGAAUCUCCGUGUCUACCGUAUCUUCAACAACCCUCGCCUCCGUAGCCAAGGCCUCAACUUUACGUACAUGGCCCAGCAACUCGCCUUCAUUUUGCUGGGUGAAUGGAUCCUGCUCGCCAUCUGGACGGGUGUGAGCGCGCCCACCAAACUCCUGACGACCUCCGGCAGCGGCAAGACUUACGCAGCGUGCAGCUCGCCCAAGCUCGCAGUGCAAGGCGCAUUUUCCGGGCUUUUGAUCCUCUACAACGCAGCGCUUUUGAUCGCCAAUGUGUGCAUCGGGUUCCUGAACCGCAACCUCCAGGAAGACUUCUCCGAGACGCAGUACAUCUCAUGGGCCAGUUACAACAUCCUAGUCUGCUCCGCGCUAGCCAUCGCGAUUGGGUACCUCGAUAUCGAUAUCGACUUCAAAUGGGGCGUCCUCUUCGCCAUGAUUAUCCUCGCGGCGGUCGGCUUGCCAAUCAUCUUGUUUGCGACUCGUUUGGUCCGAGCGUACACAGAUCGCAAGAACGCGAGCGGCGAUACUGGCAGCGAGAUUACCUCGCAGCCCAAGUCCGCCACCGGUCAGAAAAUGAUGAGCUUCCGCAAGGGCUCGUUGAACAAGGGCUCUGGGAACAUCAGGCCUAACACGCUCAACGCGAUGCUGACGCAGAACAUACCGGUCGCCGUUCAUAGGGGGAAGAUGAUGAGCGUUUGGGAAAGCUACAAAGCGACGUUGAUCAUCAUACCCCGCGGGGCAGGAGUAAUCAUUAUCUUGACGGGGAGUGAUACAAAGGAAUCCUCGGAGGCCUUAACGGUCGGCCCUGGUGCUUUCACCCCGCUGAUGAACCCGGAGGCCGCCGCGGACUUUAUGCUCUUCGUGGUCGCUGCCAAUGGCCGUCGGACGGUUUCCAUCCAGCUGGAAGACGCCGAGACAUAUGCGACGUGGGAAGCCCACUUCAAAGCCGUCGCGAGAAAGAAGGCGCAGGACACAAAUACCAUGCCCAUGUCAAAUGGUAGCGGUGGCGCGACCUCUGGUGGCCGAGAAGAUGAUUUUGUUUGAAUCCAGAAAGCUGCAGGAUAAGUAGGGGACGACAUCGGCCGUUCGCAGGAUGCGUGUAGCUAGACAAAUGAUGUCCAGAGUAGAUAUCAAGUCAGGCUUCACUGUAUACACCUUGCCCCGAUGCGCUGUGCGUCGGGGUUUCUAAGUUCUGAGAAUGUCAAACACAAUGUCAAACAAAAACACAAAUGUGCACGCUGCGAUGGG